UUCUGAUUCCAUCGAAUAGACGCCAAAGUGCAAUCGCCACGAUGGGCGUCGUCAGCAAAUGCUGCUGCCUCACGCUCGUGCUCUACAAGCUCGUGUGGCUGGCCUUCACGCUCGGGCCGCUCGUUCUCAUGUACUUUAUCUACACGCUGUACCUCAAGCCGUGGGGCGAGGACCAGGUCGCGACGCUCUCAGCCGGCAAGUCGGCCGCGUCGCUCAACUGCUCGGGCUGCGUCCUCGGCAUCAACACGCAGUUCCCGCCCAACACGACGGGCUUCCGCCACACGCUCGACACGUUUGGCGGCCAAACCAUGAGCUCGGUGGUCGGGAUUGCCAUCGCCUCGUCGGUCGCAUCCGGUGUUGCGUCCAUGGCGUGGGCGUCUUUCCUUCCGGGCGCGGCCACGCUCGGCAGCCUGGGCUCCAACGUCAACGAAGUACUCGCGAUCGUCGAGCAAGCGCAGUUCAUCGGCCUUCUCGGGCAGCUCCAGACGUCGGGCGCCCCCGUGUUUUUCCAGCAGUUUACAAAGGAGCUCGCGUGGGUCAACUUCAACAUUGGCAAAGGCGUCGACGCAGUGAAAAAGUCCAUGCACGCGCGCCGCCUCGACCUCUUCUCGGCGCAAACGAGCGAGACCGGGGUCGAGCGGUACGCGGCGACGCUCGGGGUUGAGCCCGACGACCUCUUCUACUACACGCUCAUGAUCCUCGCGAUCGUAUUUGCCAUCAUCCUCGUGCUCUACGUGCUCGUGACGGCGAUCAUGAGCUGCAUCAAAAAGUCCAAGAAGAAUCUGUGGGUCAAGUACUUUCGCAAAGUCAUUUGGGCCUACGUGCUCAUUCUCCUCCUCUCGCUCUACAUUGUGGCCAUGACGGGCUCCUACAAGGCGCGCAUCGAGCUCGCCAACGGCUCGUCCGCCGCCGGCUCGGGCGCGAUCGUCCUCUCGGUGGCCAUCUUUGGCCUCGCGGUGCUCGUCGGCGUCGUUGUUAUUGCGUCGCACCCGAGUGAGCUCGACGACCUUGGGACGUACGAACACGAGCAACGACCGUUCAACGCCAAGUACGGGGCCUACUACGACGAGUACAACGCGGACAACCGAUUUUUUUUCGUGCCGAAAGCCAUCGUGGCCGUCGCCACCGGUAUCGUUGUCGGUGUCGUCGCCGACACGAACUGGCAGCUGGGCUUGCUCAUCGCCGCCAACUUGCUCUACCUUGUGCUGCUCGUUUUGCGCGAGCCGUUCUUGCUGCGGUUCCUCUUCUACAUUGGCGUUCUCUCGGUCUUUCUCAAGGUGUUUUUGCUGCUGCUCAUGGUUAUCCUCGCGCGGGACGACGUCUUCCCGCAAGCAGUCCGCGACAACGUGGCGUACGUGAUCGUCGCCAUCAACAUGAUCGUCUUUGGCCUCCUUGUGAUCCGCCAGCUCUACAUGACGAUCCACAAAAUGGUCCGCAACUGCAAGGCCAAGAAGAAGACUCCCUUGGACGACGAGAACGAGCGCGCCGACUUCAACCAGGUCGAGUCGCCGGUCCGCCCGAAGAACACGCACCAUCAACCCGACCUUGAGCGCGGUCAAGGGCGCCCGCACGCCCCGGAUGUGCACAGCGCGGGGCCGCGUCCUGGCGCACAAGCCGCCGGUUCAAUGCGCGACGGACCCAACGCGUCACUGCAAAGUGGACAAAAUACGCACCAGCUCGGCGGCUCACUGCGGGCCGACCCCUCGCGCUCGGCACUCAACGGCAACGGUCAUCUGCAAGGCGGCGGAUCCAUGCGGUCGGGACUCGACGAGUACGGCCGUCCGUUGCCCAACCAGCCGACUCCACCAGGCUCGAUGCGGUCGGGGCCGCAGAGCUCGCUGCCCGGCGCUGCGAAUGGUCCUGGCAAUCUGCGUACUCAACCGACAACGUCGCUUCCAGGAAGCAAUCGCGCCGCUCAAAUCACUCCUCCUGGCUCGCUCCGGAAGGGUGACAUCGCGUCAACGGUAUCGACGUCUUCCGGUGGCAACUUUCGAGGCUCAACACAAGGCGGUGUUGCGAGCGGCCCGUCAUGGUCGGGCGACGCCGCGACUGGGACGUCGGCCCUCGCUGCGGGUGGUGCCGUGAUCGGUGUUGCCGCAGCGACAAGUCGGCGUCGGGAGAAGGAGCAGAUCGGUGUAGCCGCAGCAUCGAGUCGGCGUCGGGAGACAGAGCAGCCACCAAAGCGCGGGUCGUUGCCGCCGCCGUGGUCGGGAGAUGCGUACGCCGAACCCAACCACGCGGUGGUCAUGCCCGAGUACGACCUCGACAAGGAGCUCAACCUUCGCGCCGACGACGGCGAGAAGCGGCGCCUCAACAAAUCCUUUGCGAGCAGCAACGACUCGUACGACCGCGCGUCGUCGGGCUACGGCUACUCGGGCAAGCUCUCGUUCGCGUCAAUGACCGACCAACCCUUCUCCCGCGCCAUGGCAUCCCCGCCGCCGCUCCUCGAGCGCGACUCGCACUCUGUGAGUAGCUCUUCGUCGUCGCGGGAGGCAUCAAGCAGGCUCGACGCACUCGCCGCCAAGUACCUCGUUGAAGACCUCUCGGGGGAAAAACACAAAAAAUCGCUCGUCGAUGGCAUCGACAACGAGGAUACCAAGCUAUCAAUGGUCGGAAGCCUCCCACCGAAAGAGUCGCUUGCGUUCAUUCCGCGGCCGCUUGUGGCCUCCAAGAGCUUGGGUCUCGAACCAACCGCAACAACAACCAAGAACGACGACGAGACGACGAAGCGGCGCACUCACUCGCACAAUGGCGUGUACCGGCGAAGCAAAGACGGCGCCGACGAGUUUGAGAACCGCAUGUCCAUCGACAGCUCCGAGGACGAAAUCGAACUUUAGGUCAAUAAUCAUGUAGCUGUCUAAUACACUGUGUUGAUGGUUACACAAAAAUGAG